AUGGUCCAUAUAGCUCUCGCAGGUGCCAGUGGCUCCCUUGGGAAACUCCUGCUCAACCACCUCAGUGCCCAUCCAUCCGCCCACAGAAUCACCGUUCUCUCCCGCUCCCCCACCCCUCCAAAACACACAAACCCCAACAUCACAGUCCGCACCGUGGACUACACCUCCCUCUCCUCCCUCACUGAAGCCCUCGCCGGUGUCCAUACCGUCAUAUCCACCCUCUCGUCCCUCUCCUCCGGCCCGGCCCAGAUACUGCUGAUCCAAGCUGCAGCGGCCGCCGGGGUGAAGCGCUUCGCACCCUCCGAGUGGAGCAUCCACCCGGACCUGAACUACGACCUCACUCUGUACACCGACAUCAAGGCGCCCUCUUGGGAGGCUGUCAAGGCCUCAGGUAUGCAGUACACGGCACUUGAGAGCGGGGUGUUUCUGAACUAUAUGGCGUAUGGGAGCCCUAAGCCGGGAGCGCGGGAGAAGGCUUUCAAGGGACUUCAAUAUACGCCGUGGAUCUUUGAUCCGACGUUGGAUACAAUCGAGGUACCGGGAACGGGGGAGGAGAGGUUCGCGGUGACGGAGGUGGAGGAUGUCGCGAGAGUUGUGGCGGACGUGGUGGGGAGGGAUGAGGUGUGGCAGGUAGAGGUGAGUACGGUGGUGGGCGCGGUGACUUGUUUUAAUGAGUUGAUUCGAGAGAUGGAGAGGAUCACAGGGAAAAAGUACAAGGUCGUGUAUCAAGACAUCCCCCUCCUGGAGAGGAGGAUCGCCGAGGAGACCACCCAGAUGGGGAGGUUUUAUUGGGAGUACCGUCUGUGUCUGGCGCGGGGCAAGGGCAAUGUACAGCCGACGUUGAACAAGCUGACAGACCUGAAGUUGACGGGUGUCAGCGAGUUUCUGGAAACGUGGUGGGGAAAGUAG